UCCGCUCCCCUGGACUUCCCGAAGGAGCGCGCACACGACAGAGACCAGCCAGAGCUCCCUGCCGGCGCAGUGGGGGUUUGGAGGCCACCGACGGCCCGAGGGGACACCCCAGCAUGUCCCAGCCGAGGCAAAGCCGGGCUCUCGUCAUCGUCAACACCGAUUUCUGCGGCAGUGACGGCGACAUCGUGCUUGGGACCCGGAGGGGAGCCAGGCGGGAAGCGGAGCAGCUUUCCAUAACGCUCUCACGGCUCAACUACCAGGUGGAGCUGAUGCACAACAAGACCGCCAAGGAGAUAGAAGAGCUUUACCAGCAAGAGUGCAGCCGCGAGCACGGCGACUACUUCGUGAGCAUCAUCUCCAGCCAUGGAGAGCAGGGGGUCAUCUUCGGUUGUGACUCGGAGCCGGUUAAACUGACCCGCGUAUUCCAGAUUUUAUCCUCAAAGGAGUGCCCGGUGCUCACCAAAAUCCCCAAGAUCUUCUUUAUCCAGGCUUGCCGGGGGGGAGAAUUCGACCAGGGGGUGGUGGUGGAGUGCGACAGCGGGGAGCCCGAGCCAGACGGCUUCUCAGACUACCUCUCCAUCCCCCCCCAAACCGCCGUCAUGUUCGCCUGCAGCCCAGGCUACGUGGCCUUCCUCAACGUCUUCGGCUCCAUGUUCCUCCAGGCCCUGCUCAAGGCGCUGGAGGGAGAGGAACGUCACCUGGCCCUCAACCGCCUCAUGACCCGCAUUAACUGGGAGGUGGCCUUCCACUGCCAGGCCAGGGGCACCUACCAGGGGUGCAAGGAGAUGCCCUGCUUCGUCACCAACCUGCUGCAGGAGGUCUUCCCCUUCUCGGCGCCCAUCGCGGAGGGGGCGGACGGUGUUUGA